AUAGUCCGAAUAAUCGCUUGAGAAGCCCACUGCCUGGCAGACUAAACCCAGGGGAAAGGGGAGAUGACGUUGACAAGUUCCCGUCCAGCCAAAGAUGGCUGACAUCGCUCCGUUGGCAGUGAAACGUUGCGAAUCGAGCUCCCUGUGCUCAGUGAGUAUGGAUACCAUCUCCUCGCUGACGGAGCUCGAGGAUCUGGAGAAAGUUUACCAGCAGCUAUGCGAAGAGGAGAAAGGAGUAGAAGCUGAGCUGGACAGGCUAGUUGGUCAGGAAGCAGCAAUUCAUAAGAAGAUGCAGGCACUGCAGAGAAUGGGACCUAGUCUACAGCUUAUCGGAAGCGAUGCCAGUCAAUUAUCAGGCAUGAUCACCUUUACCUGCAGUCUGGCAGAAAAUGUCAGCCAAAAAGUCAGACAGUUGGACCUGGCAAAGACACGGUUAUAUAAUGUCAUCCAGCGUGCCGAUGAUAUUCUUGAUCUGAAAUUCUGCACAGAUGGAGUGCAGACCGCGCUGCGCAAUGAAGACUAUGAACAGGCUGCUGCACACAUCCAUCGAUACCUGUCUCUGGACCAGUCGGUUAUUGAGCUGAGCAGACAGGGAGAAGAGAGCAGCGCUGUGGACGCCAGUCUGGUCCUGCUGCAGGAGGCAGAGCAGAAACUGAAGGUCAUCGUUGCAAAGAAGCUGGAUGAGGCCGUCGCAGCAGUUGACCUGGCGCAGGUUGAGAGGUUUUUCAAAAUCUUCCCUCUGUUGGGUCUUCACCAGCAGGGCCUUGCCCGAUUUGGUCAAUAUCUCUGCAGUCAGCUUGCUUCCAAAGCAGAGGAGAACCUUUUGUUGGCGACAGGCGGCGAUCUGGGCGAGAAGAGAGCUCUGUUGAUAUUUGCAGACACGCUGACACUGCUACUGGAAGGCAUCGCUCGUGUCAUUGAGACGCACCAACCUAUCGUAGAGACGUAUUACGGUCCAGGCCACUUGUACACACUCAUCACUCACCUGCAGGAGGAGUGUGAUCGUCAGGCCCAGAAAAUAGUUGACAAAUUCAUGCAGCAGAGAGAAUACCUCAACAAGUUUCAGGUAGUCCAGAGCAGCAUGAUGAAGAGCAUGCCUGGAGAGAGCAUCGAGCCAAGGGAACUGGACCCUGUGCUUGCAGAAGUAACCUUGAUGAACGCCCGGGCAGAGCUUUACCUGCGUUUUCUUCGUCGUCGCGUUAUGGCUGACUUUGAAGUCGGAGACCCCCAGAGCAUCACGCAAGAGCAUCAACAAAGUGUGGAGAAACUACUAAAACACUGUUCCCUGAGCAGGGCAAUGCAGGAGCUGAUAGGCUACUACAUUCCCAUGGAGGAAUACUACAUGAGGGAAUCGGUCAACAAGGCGGUAUCUAUGGAUACCUAUGAGAAGGGACAGCUGACCAGCAGCAUGGUGGACGACUGUUUCUACAUAGUAAAAAAAUGUAUCAGCAGAGCGUUGUCAAGCUCCAACAUUGAUUGCCUCUGUGCGAUGAUCAAUCACGCCAACUCUGUGCUGGAGUCUGACUUCAGGGAGGUCCUAUAUAAUAAGCUCCGGCAGGGCUUCCCAGCUACGACGCUCCAGGACAUCCAGCGCGGUGUGAGCAGUGCAGUCAGCCUGAUGCAGAGCAGCUUACAGCAGGGCAAGUUUAAUACUCUGGGCAUCGAGAGCACAGAGAACGCCAAGGCUGCAUUUCUGGUGACUCUAAAUAAUGUGGAGGUGUGCAGUGAGAAUAUUACAACUUUGAAGAGAAACUUGGAGAAUGACUGUUCCAAGCUGUUCAGUCAGGGUGCGGGAUCUGGAGAACAGGCCAAAAUCGAAAGCUGUUUGUCUGACCUGGUCAGCACAUCCACUAAGUUCAAAGAUCUCUUACAGGAGGGUCUGACUGAAUUAAACACAACAGCCAUAAAGCCUCAAGUUAAACCCUGGAUCAGCGGCUUCCUGUCCGUCUCACACAACAUAGAAGAGGAAGAGUUUAAUGAUUACGAAGCGAAUGACCCGUGGGUGCAGCAGCUCAUUGUAAACUUGGAACAACUCAUGGGAGAGUUUAAGGCGGCCCUCUCCCCCGUCAUCUACGAUACUAUGACGAGCCUGAUGACCAGCCUAAUAGCAAUUGAGAUGGAGAAGACGGUCCUCAAAUGCUCCUUCAGCAGGCUUGGAGGGCUGCAGUUUGAUAAAGAGCUUCGAUCUCUUGUGGCGUAUCUCACCACUGUCACCACCUGGACCAUUAGAGACAAGUUUGCUCGCCUCACACAAAUGGCAACUAUCCUCAACCUGGAGAGGGUGACCGAAAUCUUGGAUUACUGGGGUCCCAACUCUGGCCCGCUGACAUGGCGGCUGACUCCCGCAGAGGUGCGUCGGGUUCUGGCUCUGCGGAUCGACUUCAGAAGCGAAGACAUCAAGAGGCUGCGGCUGUAGCUGAAGAGCCUGUGCUUUACAGUGACCACUGUGCAUUACCCACCUGAGCUCAGUCUGUGCAUUGGGGGGGGGGGGUUAUCCAUGGUUCUGUACAUGAAAUGGCUGAGGUUUUACUUUGGUUUUUAAACAAAAGCUCUGAUUGUUUCAGAGUGCUGUUGCGGCUCACCUGGCUGAUGCCAGUUUUGCUACAGUUCCAGUUGAGCACUCAGACAUGUGAUGUGAAGCAACUGGGAGUGGGGGGGGGUGUUUAAUAUUAAUUAAAUGUAAAAUAUGUAAUUAAAACCACAAGUGUGCUAUUGUGUCACAGUGGGAAUUCCAACUUCUUAACCUGUAGCUGGAUGUGAGAAAUCAGGACACUAAGAAAGUGGAGCUCUGGGUAUGUCAGUGAAGCACAGCAGUAAUGAACAUCAUACCCAUUAAACUGACAGAAGCAGGUCAGACAGCUGAUCCAGCCCAGUCAUUCAAUAUAUGAAUAGCUCCUUGUCUGUGAUGAACACUUUUAACCUAAUAAAUUGAGAGCUGCUG